CAGUGUUCGCCCAAAGAACCUUCCCUAAACCCUAAACCGUAAACCCUGAACCCUAAACUUUCCCCUCUCCCGCCCGAAACUCUUCCCUCCGUCCCCACCCCCUCUCCCGGUUUAGUCCAAAACCACCGCCUUAGUGACCGAACACUCGCGAUACAGUCGCAAUUAGAGCGGGAUUGCUGCUUACAGACCCAAAAUUCCCAUCUUUCAUCUCCUUCCGCGCCGCUGCUACAACUAAUCAUGGAGACAAAUGGAGGAAGGAUUUAGGCCAAAUCCUGCUCUAAAUCAGUUGCCAGACGGCCCAUUAAUGCUUGCUUAAAUCCUGCUCAAAGCCGGUACCAAACAAGCUCCAAAGAAUGGAACCAGAAGCGGGGACUAUCUUGAGGAAGAGGAAACCUAAUCCUGGAAAAGCCAACAAAAACCGCAAGAAGAUGAAGCUAAAACAUAGCGCCACUCCGAAGUUUAAAAAACCUAGCAAGAAAAUGAUGCAGCUCUAUAAAAAGAGGGCCAAAGCUUAUAGUUCUGAUGCAGAUGAGAUAGAAGAAGAUGAGAUUUCUAGUGAAGAGGAAGAGCCAAUGGGAUUUGUUGAUUUGAAGGGGGAUAGUGGAUCUGAGAACGAAGAACAUGGUGAAGGUUAUGUUCAUCGACAGGGGAUUACGAAGUUUACAGAUGGUUGUCGAGCUUUUAAAACGGCUUUCAUGAAGAUUAUGAAAAAGAAUCUCACGAACGAUCCAUUGGGACCAGUUUUAUCUGAGCACAAGAAGCUCGUUGCUGAGAAGCUAGCGGAAGAGGAGGCUGAUUACAAGGCAAAGGGUGAGGUCAAAAAUGAGAAACUCAUGGUUGCAGAAAAGGGACACAUAAAACCGGUGGGAUUUCUUGAUGCAAAGGAGAAACUUCUGAUUAGUAUCGCGACAAAAGGAGUGGUCAAGUUGUUUAAUGCGGUUAACAAGGCACAAAAUCCACAAAAAGGCUUGAAUCCUUCUAAAUCUAAAGAUGUGAAAGCCUUGGCGAAACAAAGGAAAGAAACAUUUCUAUCAGAAUUAAAGAAGUCAUCAACCACCUCUACAAUCAACUCAUCGAAGGUUUCCCAUUUUAAUAAAAACAAUGAUGAAGAACCAGCAUGGGCUCCUUUACGUGAUGGUUACAUGCUGACAAGCUCGAAGUUGAAGGACUGGGAUAAAAUGGAGGAUUCUGCAUAUAUUGGUGGGCACUCAAACAUACCAUCUGAUGAAAGCCUUGCUGAUGAUGAUUAGAAUAGAUUGUUUCUACUUGUGUAAUGCAGUGAGGAUGCUUCUGUGCUUAUUAUGCUUUCAGGGAGAAGUAACUUUUGUUCACGGUUGAUGCAUCGGGGCAGUUAUCUUUCCAUUUUUUUAUGAUACCUUCUUUACUCUUUGUGAAUUAUAGUUGAUAAACACAAAUUUCUUCAUGGCUUUGCUUUA